AUGGACGAACUUCGACAAGUCGAAAACCAAGGUGAAACUCUUGGUGAUCUCCGUGCCGUGCUUCUUAACCUCACCGGCGACGUCCCUCUUGCCCACCGUUUCCGUGCGCUCUUUAACCUCAAGGGCCUUGGCCAUGACGGUAACAAUCAGGCCAUUGAUAUCAUUGCUGAAGGUUUUGGUGACGAGUCUGAGUUGCUCAAACAUGAGCUUGCCUACGUUCUUGGUCAAACAAAAAACCUCUACUCUGCUACUCCUUUGCGCUCAGUACUGGGCGAUGCCCAACAACCUGCCAUGGUCCGCCACGAGGCCGCUGAGGCUCUUGGUGCCCUUGGUGAUAAGGACUCGUUAAAUAUUCUUAAAGAGUACCUUAACGACCCCCUCGAGGUCAUCCGCCAAACCUGCGAGCUUGCCAUUGAGCGCAUCGCCUGGGAAAACUCUGAGGCUGCCAAGCGUGAGAAUCUUGAAAAGAGUGCAUUUACCUCCAUUGACCCUGCUCCACCUUUGCCCUCUGAGAUCUCUGAAAUCCCCAAACUUAAGGAGCUUCUCAACGACCAGUCAGAGUCUCUUUUUAAACGCUAUCGUGCCAUGUUCCGUCUUCGUGACAUUGCCACUACUGAUGCAGUGCUUGCUUUAGCUUCUGGGUUCAACGAUCCCUCAGCUCUUUUCCGUCACGAAAUUGCUUACGUUUUCGGUCAGCUCUGCGACCCAGCUAGUGUUCCAGCCCUCAUCACUGUUCUUAGUAACGAAAAGGAAGAGGGUAUGGUUCGUCACGAGGCUGCCGAAGCUCUUGGUUCCAUCGCUACCGAUGAUGUUCUCCCCAUUCUUAACAAAUUUGCAAAGGACAAUGAACGCGUCGUUCGCGAGUCUGCCCUUGUUGCCCUCGACAUGUACGAGUUUGAAAACUCGGAUCAGAUCGACUACACCGUUGUUCCUCCUGUGUCCAACUAA